GGUGUAUCGACCUCUGCCUGUCCUCCGACCAACCAAAUCUCAAGAUACCUGAGGUUUCCAGGGGCUGAGUUGACGUUCAGGCAAAGACCGUAGGCAUGGCACUUGAGACCCUUUCCGGGACUGGGCCUCGACUUUGGAACUGGAGGCUGAGGGUUGAUGAGAAGCCAAAGGAAGUAAAGACAUCUCUGUCUCUACCAUUACUUUAAUAUUGGCAGUGACCACAUGGAAACUUCCAAAGGACUUUGCCCCCAUCAGAGCAUUCCUGUCGAGGUGGAUGAGAGCAUGGCUGCUUCCAGUCUGGACUUGGACUGGCCUCCUCAAUGCCUGCAGUGUAGUGGUCCGGGGUACAGUAGAAGCUGGGAACAAACUGGGGAAAUGAAUAUCCACGUCAACCGGGAGAGACUCCUUCGGCACUAUUUCCAGAGUGAACCCAAAACAGCAACUCCUUCAACCUCCUACCUCCCCGUCAUUCCAAGCAUGCAGGGUGCUUGUGUUUGGCUUCCAAGACAGAGCGAGAAUCACCUUUGUGGUUUUAUGGGACCUAAAAACUGGCCCGAGUCUUCUCUGAAUGAGCCAGACGGCUUGGAACCCCCGCUACCGCUCAUGUCUGAUGUCAAUGCAGCUCACUACGUCCCAUCACGCUACCUAGCACCAUAUAUUUAUUGCCAGUGCCUCAGUCCGAAGCCGGAGAGUUGCCUUGGACCGUGUGUGGGUCCAUACCACAGGCCUCCACCCUUUGAGCAGACAUGGAACCAUCGAGGAAACAAAAUGCAACAUAGAAAUGUUCCAAAUGCCACUGAAGCACGUCAAACACAGGCUGGGGUAGCUCCCAGUGAUGUAAUGUGUGAGGUCAUCUUGGAUUACCCCAUUCAGGCAGAUCCGGCACCAAUGACUCAGGAGACCAGGAAGACCGUCACUCUCCCCGAUGAAUAUAGGAAUGUUUUCAUCACAUAUUCAGUGGACACCGCUAAGGAAAUGACCACCUUCACCAGAUUUCUAACAAGUCAAGGCUUCAAACCGGCAAUUGACAUGUUUGACAAUCCGGCCAUUCGAAUGGGCAUCACCAGAUGGAUGGACAGAUUUUUGAAUGACAAAUCCGUCCUCAUCAUUGUGGCGAUCAGCCCCAAGUACAAGGAGGAUUUAGAGGGGGAUAGUGAUGAUGAGCACAGGCUACACACCAAGUACAUCCACAAUCAGAUCCAGAAUGAAUUCAUCCAACAAGGCUGCCUGAACUUCAGACUUAUACCAGUGUUGUUUUCCAAUGCGACUAAGAAACAUGUCCCCAAUUGGCUUCAGAACACAAGGAUAUACCGGUGGCCCCAAGACAUGCAGGACCUGCUGUUGCGCCUGCUUAGAGUGGAGCGCUACAUCAUUCCACAGGCAGAAGAAUCGCUCACCCUCACAAUUCGGCCACUCUGAAAAAAAAUUUGGAAUAACAGUAUGAAAAGAUACCCUACUAACCUUGAAGAGAAAAUGACUUUUGCAAUGAUUUUUUUUUUUUACUUUUCUUGCCCUGGUCUUUCUGAAUCGAUAUCCAGUUCUAAUUUUGUAUCAUAAUCCUCUCUGAGCACCAGUUUUCUGCGUGGCAAAGUUUGAAAGGAGAACAAAUGAUUUCAAUUAAAAUGUCUCAAGUAGGGGAUAAGGGAUGUCGUUAGCCCCCUCUGUUAACUGAUUUUUUUUUCCCACCUUUGUGGAAAACACAUUGCCAAAGCCCAGAGGAGGGGACCAACAACAUAACCCAUCUCCUAUUCACAUGGCAUUCAUCCAUUCCAAAGAAUUACUCCUUGACCAUUGGGUAACUCCUUCAGGACCUUUCGGUAACCAUCUCCCAAAUGAAUGGAAUAUCCAUGAGGGAGUUUCCACCUAACAAUUCUGGUGAACAGACAAUGGCCUCUCACCCAUGCAUCUUAACGGCUGUCCCCCUUUUUUUGCAUUCCAGAAGAAUGAUUCCAUAUGUGAUGGGACAUGCGACUAAAUUGGACCAUAAAUAGUUGGAUUUUCCACACAAACACUAAGUCUUGUUGCAUGAACUGAUGAAGUCUGGAAGGAAAAAUUAUUCGAGGACAGACAGAACGGUUCGGCUGCGAUUGAUUCAAUGCCCUGAAAAUGAAAGUAUUAGGAUGAAUGAGAAUAUUCACAGGCACAUUGACCUUGUAUCAAUUUUGUAGGCGUGCUGGAGCCUAUCCCACCUGUCAAUCGGCACUGAACUGUUUUCCAGCCAAUCGCAGGGCACAUCGAGACAAACAGCCGCACUCAUCACACUUAGGGGCAAUUUCAAGUGUGGAAUUAAUGUUGCAUGUUUUUGGGAUGUGGGAAGAAACCCAAGUGCCCGAAGAAAACCCACCCAGACAUGGGGAGAACAUGCAAACUUCACACAGGAGGUUCUGGGAUUGAACCCGGCUGGGACCUCAGAACUGUAAGGCCAACCCUUUCCAGCUGAACCACCGUGCUGCCCCUUUGGAUUUUAUUUAUACUUUUUAAAUAAACCUGCGGUUGUCAUCCAUUUCAAUUCCAACUCUGGGUGGACAACAGCUACAGUAAUUCUAUAUAUUUCAUGAGUUAUAACGAGUACAGUAUUUAGGGAUAAAAAUAUGAGGCUUUUGCUUCUGGUGCCUAAACUGAUAGCAUCUUAAACAGAGGGUUGUGGCCAGCCUGAUCGUAAUUCAAUAAAUCCUGCUGAAUUUGGAUCGAAAGUUGUGAAUACUCGACGUGGGACGCUCCUGGUGAUGACUUCAGUGGACUAAAAUCAUCAUCUGUGUAAUCUUAGUACCCUAAUUGGAACCGUAUCAUUUGUGUUGAAGCUGCUCGGCCCAAGUUAGCCUAGCCUAGAUUGCUAACAACAAAACACAUCUGUAUUCUAAUAUUUAAAAAUUUGUACUUACAAAAUCGGCAAAACCUAUGUUUUGUAUACAAGGACAGUAAGCACUUGGUAGAAAGUUGGGCAAGUAGAAAUGUCAACUUAAACUUACUUAUAGUCCCAGACCACCUUAGCUUAGCUGGAUAACAACGAGACGUGUGUUGAAACCGUACUGUUGAAGAAACAUCGAACAUGAGUAACUUCAUAACUUGUAUGACGAGGGCUGUGAGGACUUAUAGGAAAUACAUGUCUUAUCUUAGUACAUCUUAGUACCAAAUUGGUGCUGUAACGUUCGCAUUGAAGCUGCUCAGCCCAAGCUAUCGUAGCGCGCAAACAACAUUACCGACGCAGAGUAUACAACGAGGACCAAACAUCAAACCUAGACUCAACCUUCAACUAUGAGAGUGAGGGCCAUUGUGGUUUGAAUCCCUUCCAUCACCAUAUCCUUUAUAUUUUCACACAGGUAGUAUGUGAUCUGUAUGCCUUGAUUACUGACUUUGUUUAUUUGAUUACUUGUUUUGACUAUCUGCAGCCCGAAGGGGGACACAAUUCCUAUGUGUCCUGUAGGCCGGUCCCAAGCCCAGAUAAAUGCGGCAGGAAGGGCAUCUAGUAUAAAACUGUGCCAAACAUAUUUGAGCGUUCAUCAAAUGAAUUCCAUAACGGAUAGGUUGUGGCCCAGGCUUACUAUGCCCGCCCCCAGCACUGUUAAUCUGCAAGACGUAGGUAGAAAUUCAGAUAAUGUAGGUCGAAGACAAAAAAACGGAUGAAAGCGGCUUAGUCGGCAGAAGAAAAAGAGGAAUGCACAGAGCCUAUACAACUGAGUGUAGGGACUUUGAAUGUUGGGACUAUGACAGGAAAAGCUUGGGAGUUAGUUGACAUGAUGAUGAGGAGAAAGGUUGAUAUAUUGUGCAUCCAAGAGAGCAAGUGGAAAGGGAGUAAGGCUAAAAGUUUAGGUACAGGGUUUAAAUUAUUUUAUCCUGAAGUAGAUGGGAAGAGAAAUGGAGUAGGGGUUAUUUUAAACGAAGAGCUGGCUAAGAAUGUUUUGGAGGUGAAAAGAGUAUCAGAUCGAGUGAUGAGGCUGAAAUUUGAAAUUGAGGGUAUUGUGUAUAAUGUGAUUAGCGGCUAUGCCCCACAGGCAGGAUGUGACCUUGAGUUGAAAGACAAAUUCUGGAAGGAACUGGACGAGGUAGUCCUGAGCAUCCUAGAGAGAGAUACAGUUGUGAUUGGUGCAGAUUUCAAUGGACAUGUUGGUGAAGGAAACAGGGGCGAUGAAGAAGUGAUGGGUAAGUACGGCAUUCAGCAAAGGAACUUUGAGGGGCAGAUGGUGGUGGACUUCGCAAAAAGGAUGGAAUUGGCAGUGGUGAACACUUAUUUCCAGAAGAGACAGGAACAGAGUGACCUACAAGAGCGGAGGUAGAAGCAUGCAGUUGGAUUAUAUUUUGUGCAGAUGAUGUAAUCUGAAGGAGGUUACUGAGUGUAAGGUAGUGGUGGGUGAGAGUGUAGCUCAACAGCAUAGGACCUUGGUGUGUAGGAUGAUUCUGGCAGUGGGUAGGAAAGUUAAGAAGACAAAAGGUAAAGCAGAGAAUCAGGUAGUGGGAGUUGAGAACGAAGAAUAUUGUGUGGCCUUUCGGAAAGUGGUGAGACAGGCUCUAGAUGGACAGGAAGAGCUCCCGGAAGACUGGAAUACUUCUGUCAAGGUACUCAGAGAGGCAGGCAGGAGAGUACUUGGGGUGCCUUCUGUUAGGAAAGGGGAGAAGGAGACUUGGUGGUGGAACCCCAAAAUACAGGAAGUCCUCCAAGGAAAGAGAUUAGCGAAGAAGAAGUGGGACAUGGAGAGGACUGAGGAGAGGCGGAAGGAAUACAUUGAGAUGCGACGUAGGGCAAAGGUAGAGGUGGCGAAGGCUAAACAACAGGGAUAUGACGACAUGUACACCAAGUUAUAUACGAAAGAAGGAGAAAAGGAUCUCUACAGGUUGGCGAGACAGAGUGAUAGAGAUGGGAAAGAUGUUCAGCAAGUCAAGGGGAUUAAGGAUAGUGAUGGAAAUAUGUUGACUGGUACAAGUAGUGUGCAAAGUAGAUGGAAAGAGUACUUUGCGAAGUUAAUGAAUGAAGAAAAUGGGAGAGAAGAAGAGGCAAGCGUGAAUGAGCAGGAAGUGGCAUCACAAAGGGGGAAGUUAGAAAGGCACUGAAUGGAAUGGAAAAUAAAUGACAUACCGGUGGAGGUAUGGAAGCAAUUUGGAGAGGUGGCUGUGGAGUUUCUGACCAAUUUAUUCAAUAGAAAACUAGUGAGAGGGAAGAUGCCAGAAGAAUGGAAGAAAAGUGUGCUAGUCCCCAUUUUUUAAGAACAAAGGCAAUGUUCAGAGUUGUGGAAACUAGAGAGGAAUAAAGAUGAUGAGCCACUGUAAGAUAAGCUUACACAUUUCACAGAGGCCUGUGAAAUGUAUCACCUCAUGUGUCAUAAGUCUCUUUUAAUGACUCUGUUGCUGUGCAGGGAUGCGUGUGUGUGCUGUUUGUCUAUGGGAAGUUUAAGAGCUCAAGGUGACUGCAAAUUUAUGAUAACUGCAUUCUUGUGGGUUUUUGUAACAGGAAGAACUGUGUCUACUCAGAGGACACCCGGCCUUGAGAAGAUUAACUGUCUCUGUAUAACAACUUUACUUGUCUUGUGAAACCUGGUCUCCCCCACCCUAUGUGUGGAGCUCAAUAAAAUGUGUGGUUUUGGGGAGACUCGGAGAGAGUCUUACGGGCGGGCUUGGAGGAUAUGUUCUUCUUCCCCCGAACUUUCCCCAAACUGCAGUUUGGUAAAAAAUAACUCUGCCUCUGUCUCAAUCAUUUUAUCCUGGUGCCGUGAGCUUCUGGGUCCACAUUGAGCGAGAAGUCCGUGCUUUGGACCUAACAGCCACACAAUGAAGUUAUGGGAAAGAGUAGUGGAGGCUAGACUCAGGACAGAAGUAAGUAUCUGCAAGCAACAGUAUGGUUUCAUGCCUUGAAAGAGUAUCACAGAUGCAUUAUUUGCCUUGAGGGUGCUCGUGGAAAAGUACAGAGAAGGUCAGAAGGAGCUACAUUGUGUCUUUGUGGAUCUCAAGAAAGCCUAUGAUAGAGUACCAAGAGAGGAAUUGUGGUACUGCAUGCAUAAGUCUGGUGUGGCAUAGAAGUAUGUUAAAAUAGUACAGGACAUGUAUGAUGGCAGCAGAACAAUGGUGAGAUGUGCCUUAGGUGUGACAGAAGAAUUUAAGGUGGAGGUGGGACUGCAUCAGGGAUCAGCUCUGAGCCCCUUCCUGUUUGCAGUGGUAAUGGAUAGGCUGACAGAUGAGGUUAUAAUGGAAUCCUCUUGGACUAUGAUGUUCGCAGAUGAUAUUGUGAUCUGCAGUGAAAGCAGGGAGCAGGCAGAGGAACAAUUAGAAAGAUGGAGGCACACACUGGAAAGGAGAGGAAAGAAGAUUAGCCAAAGCAAAACAGAAUAUAUGGGCAUGAUUGUGAAAAGCGGAGGAGGAAGAGUGAAGCUCCAGGGAAAAGAGAUAGCGAGGGCGGACGACUUCAAAUACUUGGGGUCAACAAUACAGAGCAAUGGAAUUUGUGGUAAGGAAGUGAAGAAACGGGUCCAAGCGGGGUGGAACAGUUGGCGGAAGGUGUCUGGUGUUCUAUACGACAGAAAAGUCUCCGCUAGGAUGAAGGGCAAAGUUUAUAAAACAGUGGUGAGGCCAGCCAUGAUGUACGGAUUAGAGACGGUGGCACUGAAGAAACAACAGGAAGCAGAACUGGAGGUAGCAAAAAUGAAGAUGCUGAGGUUCUCACUUGGAGUGAACAAGUUGGAUAGGAUUAGAAAUAAGAUCAUUAGAGGGACAGCCAAAGUUGGAUGUUUUGGAGACAAGGUUAGAGAGAGCAGACUUAGAUGGUUUGGACAUAUUCAGAGGCGAGAGAGUGAGUAUAUUGGUAGAAGGUUACUGAGGAUGGAGCUGCCAGGCAAAACAACAAGAGGAAGACCAAAGAAAAGGUUGUGGGAUGUUGUGAGGGAGGACAUGAGGAGAGUGGGUGUUAGAGAUAUAUGAGAUAGGCUUAGAUGGAAAAAGAUGACACGCUGAGGCGACCCCUAAAAGGACAAGCGGAAAGGAAAAGAAAACGUAUUUAGGAAUAGGAACAAGAGCGACAAUUGUCAAGCACACGGAUCUCAAUAUAUUAGGCUAUAAAAGCUCAAUUUUAGCAUGAAGAAAGAUGUCCAAGCCCACCAGCCUUUUCUCUACAUCUGGCCAAAAAUGUUUUUUUCGGUUGAGUAUUGAGCGUCACACAUUUAUCGGCUCCUGCAUGAGGCCACUUCCUGUCAACACGAGGCCUGCCAAGGUCAAUAAAUCCAGUUUUUAUUGUUCCACAAAUAUGUGCCAGUAGUCUCAGCCUUAUCUUUGGAGUUGCAGCCACACAGUCACAGAUGUGUUUCCAUAGAGGCCUAUAAAGUAUAUUACCUUCCAACGCGUAUCUACAAAUUGUAUUUCCCACCUCUAUCAUUUAGGCCAGUGAUUUCCAACCUUAAUGAAACCAAAGCACAUAUUUUACAAUUGAAAAGAUCUCAUGGCACACCAACAAACAAUCAUGUCACAAAAAAGUGCAUACUUUAAUUACUGUACGUACUUCAUGGGAUCUAAUAGAAGAACAUUUAUUUAUUUGUGUUACUAUGCCUCACUGGAAUAAAUAGACUAACAAAGAUACAUUAUUUCUAGUAAAUGAGCGAUUGGUUCAUAUGUGAUCAUUUCCCACGAAACACCUGAAAAGUGCUCGCGACACAUUGUGUCACUGCACACUGGUUGGAAAUCACUGAUUUAGGGAACAUGGCUGUUUUUAGUUUCCUAGAAGCAAUUUUAUCUUUUUAUCUGUCAUUGUUGAGUGCAAAACAUUGCAAGUUUAUUUGCUGUAAAAAUGACAUUGGCUGUUGAGGAAGCUAUAGGCCUUGUGACUUUUUGCUUUAGCAGACGUUACAUUUCUUUCAUCUAACAACAGGAAAAUUCC